GUGAGGACCCAAAAUUUUGUAGGGGCUGAACUAAACCCUUGUUGGGUCUAAGGGGUUGGUGGGAGGAACUUCAGUACGUAAGUAAAGUGAGUUAAAUGAUAAGGCUUGCGUAUUUUGUUUGCGAAGUUGGUUUUUAAAAGGAUAGUGCGUGAUAACUGCUCAAAGCAUUAAACAAAAGAGCACCCAAGCAAUGCAAUAAUUGCUUCGGAUUUGAUCGUUUUCCAGAUACUAUCAUCUUUCUAUUGCCUGAUUGUCUAGCAACUUCAACAAAUAAUCUUAAGAGUAUCUCAAUAUUUGUUAAGGAUGGAUGGCAACAGCUUUUACAACGGAUAUCGAGCUCAGCCUCCUAAAAAAAGAAAAAGCGGUGCUGAUUAUGAAGAAAGAGAGAUGAAGCCCGACCUGGGCAAUCUAAACGUCUCAACUCCUCCAAAGAGUAACAGUUCACAAUCCCAAGAUUCCCCUUUGGAUUUUUCAGUCAAAAAUGGAAACGACUCAUUCACUCCUCCUUCAGUCAUUUCUCCUCCUUCAACCAUAUCUCCACCUUCAGCCAGAUCUGCCUCAUCGUCACCUUCAGCCACAUCUUCUCCUAUAUCUCCUCCCACAAAUAGUUUUCCCAAUUCUGAUUUCGAAAUGAGAGGAAAGAAUACAGCAGUGAGAAUGUCACAUAAUACUAGAGAUCACGUGGUCGAUUGUUCCGAAUCAGGACCAAGACUAAGUCCUGAAACUUUUAACCCAUGUCGGCCUAAAGUCUCAGUUGUAAAUCCCACAGUGCAUAUGCACAAUGAUGAAACCACAAAUGGACAUAAAGAAACACCCGUACCCAACUUACCUUUGCCAAGUUUUGGAAAAUUCGUACAAAGCCCACGGAAUUCAUACGAUGUUCCUAUAAAUGCAGGAAACUCUGAAAUUGGUUUUGGAAAUAUCGGAAGUGUUCCUAAAGAAUAUAGAUCUCACUCAAAAAAAUACGAAAGUGUGGUAAAUGGUUUUGGCCAGUCAAUUCCAAACGAAGGCUUGUGUUCAGCAAACAUUUCAAGCUACAAUCCAUAUUUAGGCAUGCUUCCUGGAUCUUUCGGAGCUGGACUUAUCAAUGGACAAGGAGGAAUUCUAACACCUCAAGGAGGACUCUUAGGUGGUCAAAGUGGACUUUUAAGCAGUCAAGUAGGACUUUUGAAUGGUCAGGGUGGACUACUAGGUGGUCAAGGAGGACUUCUCAAUGGUCAUGCAUAUAAAUAUGGCUCUACUGAAACAAAUGGUGAUAGAAAGGUAUCAAAAGCUGCUCGGCCUUUCAAAAUAUAUGAACAAGAAAUUCUAAAUUAUCCGUUUCAGAAUUGCCCAACAAUGAUUCCUCCUAGAUUCCAGGAGGUACCUCAGCAGCCUACUACCACAUAUAAUCCUACUGAAAGCUCUAGAAAUGAAUCACCCACACACCAGCAAUCUAAUUCCAGUUCUAGGCUAUCUAAUGCAUCCAUCGAGGUCCAACGCGAUGCUUCAGACUGCUUUUCUGACGAAUCACAGCAUUCCAACAAUCCUCAGCAGGGCUCUGAAGGCAACAGUGCACGCCGGAAAGGGCAGAAGUAUCCCGACGAAAAGAAGGACGCUGCCUAUUUCGAGAAGCGACGGAAAAACAACUUAGCCGCAAAGCGUUCCAGAGACGCUCGACGUCUAAAAGAAGACGCCAUCGCCACGAGGGCGAGGAACCUCGUACAGGAGAACACGCUUCUCAGGAUGAAGUUGGCUGAAUUUCAGACCAUUAAUUUGAGGUUGGAAGCUGAAUUGAGUGGAUUUAAAAGGGCAGCUUAUGACCAGAGAAGCGAAAUUGACAAACUUAAGGACGAGGUUGAGAGGUUGAGCAGAGGAUUCGCAUUUAAUAAUGGAUCUAGGACUUGUGAUAGAUCAGAGAGCCCUAGUCUUUAAGUUUCAUCUAAAAGAAAAAACUGGUGCUCAACUUUUUAGGACAAUAACCUUUUUUAUAUUUUUUUUUCCUGCUUGAAGUUGAAAGCAGUGUUCAAUGAUUUUAAAGGGACAAUUUAAAAAUUUUAAAAACUUUGACAAAUUUUAAAAUAUAGUUUAAAUGCUAAAUUUAAUUUUAGGCCAUAAUGGUUAUGGCAUUUAACAUUAUAGAGAAAAGUACAAAUAGAAAAAGUCCUAAUGAGCCCUAGUUCUUUUAAUCUGUUCAGGACCGUGAUCACACGGACGUCAUCACGUGAUUUUCCAGUCACGGUCGAUGGAAUCAUAUAAGAAACGAGUCUUUCUGAUCACUAGGACAUGAUCUCUAUUCAAUAUUCCACGUAUUGCAUCUCAUUUUAUUACAUAGUAUAUACGCGCUUUACUCUUUAGUAUAUA